AUGGCAGACAACAUCCCCUCUGCCGCCGAAGGAGAAGAAAACCGCCUCCCCGCCAACGCUGAAGACCGCAAAGCUGCCGCCGCCCUUAACUCGCUCAACGAUAACGAAAUCUCACAAGAUGCCAGUGACAAGCUCUCACCUGCUGCUGCGCAGGAAGCGUUGGGGAAGGCUAUGAGCCGAUUAGAGAUUGCUUCGGGAGGUGCCGCUGGAAAGACGGGGGGAGCUACUAAGUCUACUACGGGCGCGGCGGAGACUGCGGUCAAGAAGAAGGCGGUUAAGAUUGUGGCGGAGGAUGUCACAUUGCUCGUUGAGGAACUUGACCUUACCAAAAAUAAAGCUACCGAGCUACUUAGGUCGCAUGACGGGGAUGCCAAAGAAGCUAUUCGAGCUUUCCUCACGCCGUCGAUUGCAGCUUAA